AUGUUGCUGCUGUGCUGUCCAGACGCCAACAGCCAACAGGUCGACACGUUCCUCCUAGGCCUGGACCCUCAGCACAACCUAGAUGGUGUGUGUGCACCCAAUGCCCCGUUAUGGAGCGGGAUGAAGACAAACGGUGCUGUGGAGAUGCAGUUGAUGGUCACCGACACAAUGGCCCUGCAUAUUCAGCAGACGUUUUUCGCCCUCCAGGCCGAGUCUGUUGAGGACUCGAAUAGAGCAUUCCGACAUGCUGCAUACCGACAGUAUGUCUUGUGGAUGUAUGGGCAACUGGAGCGGUCUGACAGGAGAACUGUGCCAGCAUGUUGCGUCAAGAUUAUCAGGGAGAAGUUUCCUAGUGACAUUGGCCAAUACACUGGAUUUAUACCAGCUAGGCAUGGUGUUGGCUGGUAG